AUGGCAGCCGCUGUUAAACGUCUUAUUCCAUUGCUGGAUCGUGUUUUAAUCAAGAGAGCUGAAGCAGUUACGAAAACUGCAGGCGGCAUCGUUAUUCCAGAAAAGGCCCAAUCUAAAGUUCUACACGGUGAAGUGAUUGCUGUUGGUCCUGGCGCAAGAAAAGAAAAUGGCGAGUUUGUUCCCGUGUUAGUGAAAGUCGGGGACAAAGUUCUUCUACCGGAAUACGGCGGUACAAAAGUAUCCCUUGAAAAUGAUGAAAAGGAGUAUCAUCUUUUCAGAGAAUCAGACAUUUUAGCAAAGAUUGAAAAU